AGUGAAGUUUUAAAAUCUGCUCCGUAUCAAUCUUCUUCUCCUUCUUCUUCCUCCGUUCAAUCAACUCAUCAAUUCCGGACAGAUAGAGAUACAGAGGAUCAGAUCGGAAUGGACGGCCCGCCGGAGAACGAUAUCUGCUCAAUAUGCCAUGGCACCUUCCACAUUCCUUGCCAAGCCAAUUGCUCCCACUGGUUUUGCGGCAAGUGCAUUUUACAAGUUUGGGAUCAUGGGCCAGCCUUCCAGCCGUGCAAAUGUCCGCUGUGUCGCCGCCAGAUCACUCUGUUGGUUCCUUCAGAUAAUUUAUCAAGGCAGCGUCGAGCUCCUGAGGACUCUGAUGUUUUUACAAAAAUUCAAAGAUAUAAUGGUUUGUUUGGCCGGCAGACCAGUGGACUUAGUCAGAAAUUGCAAGAUCUUCCCUUUCUUCUCAGGAGAUUGUUACGAGAUAUUACAGACCCUCAGAGAUCUCUUCCUUUUUUCAUCAGGGCACGCGUAUAUCUGGCAACGUUUUUAAGUGUGCUCUACGUCCUCAGCCCUAUCGACAUUAUUCCAGAAGGAGUUUUGGGUAUAAUAGGCCUUCUCGACGAUGCCAUUAUCGUCUUCAUAUGCUUCCUGCACGUAGCUGCACUUUAUCGCGCAUUACUCGUCUCUCGCCAUGGAGGUGGUUCCUCAUCAUCAUCAUCAUCAUCAUCAUAGUUUCAUCAUAAUUAUAGGUUCCAUAUUCUCUUCCAGCUUCAAAUCAACUAGGGAAGCAACU